UCCAGAUCUAAUCGCAAUCGUCUUACCAAAUUUGGACUUCAUAAUUUCCCUACUGGGAGUAUUUUGUCUGUCUAUGCUCGGAAUUACCUUCCCGGCAUUAAUGGAGAUGUGCACUCACUACGAGAUCGGCUACGGGAGGCUGAAAUGGAAGCUAUUGAAAGACAUAUUAAUCGCAUCGGUCGGGGUCUUCGUCCUGGUUGUCGGGCUAUGGACGAAUAUUGUGAUCCUCACCGUGUAAAUCAGACGUCGGUUUAUUUUAUGCUCCUGCUCGUGCGGCAUUGUAAAGUUUUCAAAAAAGGAAAAUAUAAAAUGCGAUCUUCCUAGAUUCUGAUGAUUUUUGUUUUGAACGUGGACCCUUGACGAACUACGGAGCGUCUUUAGUCCAAGGUGGAUUUCACUCCCGCGCUGAUAACUGUUGCCACCUCAUGCAAAUACCGCGGCAUUUUCAUACAUUCGACAGUUAAAAUGCAGUGUCUGUUUGAGGACAGGAAGAAUUUAAUGAAGUUUUGUGUAUCAAUUUAAAAGCAAAAAACGAAGAGAUGUUCCUGAAUUUCUUUUCAUUUUUUGAAAGUAAAACUCGUGUGGAGGUUGGUAGUGCUGGCAUAUUUGUAUCGAUGCUACAGCGUCAGAAAUUCAGUUUUUAAAUGCUGUUUUCUUGUGUUUACCUUUCAAAACUCAUUCUGUUGCGACAUUUAAUAUCUGACUUGAAAUAAUCAACAUUAGCUAUUUCCUAGCCUAGUGAAGGAAGGGGCCCUUUGCUAUGUUGCAUUUCUAGUAUACAGGGGUUAUAGUGGGUACAUAACCUAAUCAGCGUUCCAGUUUCGCUAUUUUUCCAUCUGUCAAGUGUUGUUUACUCGUUCCGAAGAUAUGGAAAGUCAACCACAACCGAACAGGAAUGUAUAAUUAUUGCUGCUCUCGCAGCCAUAUGCAGAUAUCACAGUUGAUUGAGAACGUGAUGUAUUACCUCGCCACUGGGUGAGGACAUCUUUUUCUUCCAUGAUGUCAAAUCAAAUCAAUUCUGUUCUAUCUGUUCUUGACAGUAACCAGCAGGUAGUCAUACAUCAUCAGCAGUUAACUCAACAGCAGGUUUCUCAAAUGUCUCAAGAUUACCAGCGGAAUGAGUCAAGGAAAACAGGUGUGCAUGUUAAAGGUAUAAAGAUUAUAAAAGAGAAACAAAGUGGAAAGCCAUCAGAUGAGAAAAUUGAAUGGAAUGAGGAAAGUAAUAAAAAAUGGACAGACCAGAGAUCUUCUGAGGUGACAACUUACGUAGAAGAUGAUAUGGAAGUUCUUUUCCUGGAGGAUACCUCAUUGCCAUCUACAGCAAUCCAAACCUUGACCAAAGGUAAAGUAAUUCAGGCUAAUGAGAACACUGAUAGUGAGCUGGAAGAAAAUAAAGAAAAAUUUUCCAAGAAACGCAAAAAGAAACAACCAAGCCCAGAGAAGAAAACUACUCAUCUUGUGGAGCAGGUAGCAUGUUUCAAGUGCAAAUUUUGCCUAUUCUUAAGUCUGAGUCAAGAUGCAGUCGCUAGUCAUGUUCAGAAAGAACAUGCUUCACAAGUUCCUCAUGAGAAUAACAGCAGUAUGCAAUGCCCAGGUUGCAGUAACAUAUUCUUUUCUCAAAAGUCUCUUAGAGUUCACUUAUCAGAAGAUCAUAAUGUUGCUCAAGAAGAGCUAGAAAACAUUCUUAGUACUUUUAAAACUAGUGAUAAUGUGGAGAAAGGUGAACCAAACAUUUUAGGAAAUGUUGAAGGAGACUUACUGACACCAAGCGCAGCAGAUGAAGUUGGUGAUAAAAGCAGUGCACCUGAAGAGAUUCAACCAAAAAGAUCUGCAAGAAUUUUUCAAAGAAAUAGUCAAACUUCUCCUCUUAAAAAAGCAGUUGGAAGACAACGUUCACAAACAAUUUCUUCUGUAAGACCACCAGUUAUUGAUGAAACUCAAAAAAUUCGAGUUCGCAAGAUGUCCUCUUUAGAAAAUUCUGAACAGGAGAAAAAUCAUGUUGAGUUUGUGGAGAUAGAUUCAUCUAAACUAGAGUCUUUAUCAGAGGAAAUGCAAUCGGAAAUACACCUGCUACAAAACCCUACAGAUGGUGACAAUGAGGCAAACAUCCACAUGGAAGAUAUACAAUAUGAUAUAGACUCCAUGCAAAUUUUAGAUAUACCCCUAGACCAAGAUCCAAUUGAUGCUCAGGGACAUCUAAUACAAGAAUUAAAUGAACAAAGUCCUGGGAGUGGAAAAACUCUUCAUUCCAUUGUGGUGGAAGGUGGACACAGAUAUACCGUUUCUACCUCUCCCACUUCUUGUGAAGCUGUUAUUGAUGAAAUUUGUCAGGAAGAAGUUCUUGAUAAUGUUUUGUAUUUUGAAGGAGGAGAUGAUAGGGACUCACCCCUAAUGGUUUGUUUUGCUGCCUCUCCAGAGGAUUUUUCAGGUCAUGAAGAAGAGUAUGAUGUGGAAAUGGAAGAUGAUCACACUAGUUCUUCAUCUCUUCAUAGGAAUAGUGCUAACUCUGAGCGUGUAAUAUUAAGCAGCUGCUCAUACAUAGAUGGGUCUGGCCCUGUGAGUGCUGAUGGGAAAAAACUUGUCAAGAGAGGGUUUGUUAAACGUUUAACACCUAAAAAAAAUGGCCUAAAGAAAUCUAGGAAUACUAAGAGAAAGAAUGGAAAUGCUAAUGGGUCUGAUGAUGAGCCCACUAGUGCAGGAUACAAGUGUAAUGUCCAUGGAUGUAUAGUGCGUUUACUUUCUCAUGAUAAUAUGGAAUAUCAUAGACGCUGCCAUACACCAAGUCAUGUUACAGAAGAUACUUUAAAAAUAACAUCAGGAGCAACUGAUAACAACUGUGAGCCAAAAAGAGGACGACUUCUACGAACAAAACUUACUUUUACAUGUCCGGAGUGUUCUACUGAAUGCCCUUCUUGGAAACAGAUGAAAGGCCACUUGUGGAAGUGUCACACUAUUGAUUUGGAACUGUAUUCCUGUGAUCAAUGUGGUUACAAGACCCCUAGCUUAAGUAACUUGAAGAAUGUUCAUUCAAAGAUUCAUGGAACUGAAAAACCUUUUCUCUGUGACACAUGUGGAAAAGGUUUUAAGACGACUAAACAGUUACGAAAUCAUAAGGGUAUCCACAUCAAGAAAGACGGCCCAGUGGAAACAUGUGAAAUUUGUGGCCGUAACUUUGGUUCCAAUCGUAUGUUGCGUAAUCACAUUAAUACAGUUCACAACAAAGUGAGGCCUUAUAUGUGUAGUGAAUGUGGGCAUACAGCUGCAAAUCGAAGUUCUCUCAAGAUGCAUUUAAGGCAACAUACAGGUGAUCGACCCUAUGGAUGUGAUCAGUGUGAUUACACAACAGCUGAUCACAAUUCACUUCGGAGACAUAAGAAACGCCAUACUGGUGAUAAACCAUACAAAUGUCCAUACUGUACUUAUGCUUGCAUUCAGUCUACCACAUUCAAAAUUCACCUACGUACUAAACACCCAGGUCAAGACUCUGAUUUAAUGUUCAGCUGUAAAAAGUGUCGUUUCCACUCUGUAAGUCGUGAUAUGUAUCUAUCACAUGUUGCUGAACACGAUCUCUCUGAGGCUUGUGGAAUUCCAUUUAAACCUGCAACUCGGCAGACUAAGAGGAGGGCUAAGCGAUCAAACCAGUCGGAUGAAAUGCCAGUUAAAGAAAUUCCAAUUUUUGUUAGUAUAGCUUCUGAUGAUGCCGGAGAAGCCUGUGAACAACAAAAUUUGGAGAAUAUUGUGCAACAUGUAUCUGAGGCAAUAGAACCAGGGAGCAAUUUGCAUGUCCUAUACAAUUCAAUUUCUGUCUCAGAUUCCAACUUGAAAAAUACAAUUAUACACAUUGUCGAUGAUGAAUCUGAGCUGGAGAUGAUAGACGAGGUCAGUAAUGCUGAUGCAGUAAUAGAAAUGCCUUCGGAAGAACUUGAAGAGAAAUUAAAUGACCAAAAAACUGUACACACAGAGCAUGUGUAGACAUAGUUUGAAUCAAUUAAAUUCUUAAAAAGCUUCAGAUGUCUUGACUAAGUAGAGCAGUUAGGAAAAUGGUAUGAGACUAUUUUUAGAUGCUCAACAUUCUGAUUCACUGUCACUGUGGUAAUCACCCUGUGAUCUAGUCGCAGCAUUGUUUCCAUACAAAGCAAUAUUUUGAUACUAUUCCUCUUGUCAUAUAUAAGUCAUAUGAAUUUUGUAUAAUACUAAUUUGUAUAUAAAGCAAGAUCGGUGUUUGUAUGAGAUCUGUUAUCAUGUUUUUCCUUAAUUUUAAAUGUAUCAUAUUUAAUAAAUUAUGAUAGCAA